AUGUCUUCUAUGAGUGUUAGCUCACUCAUUGACAAAUCGGAAAAAGAUAAACAGGAGAAAAGAUCAGGAUCUGCCGUUGGUUCUCCACUAGAAAAAAAUCAGCAGCAAUCUCAACAGCAACCGCAUCAGCAAUCACAACAACAAUAUCAACAACAACCUUUACCUCAUCUACAGCAAACACAAUAUAGAACAUACAUGUCAUCAGCAUCAGCACCAGCACCUCUACCUAGGCUAUCCGAAGUACAUCAACAACCACCAUCUUCCUUAGCCCAGCAACCACCACCACCACAACAACAACCGCAUCCCAUGUCCAUAUCAUCAUCAUCGGGUUCUUCAACUAAUCCACUACAACCAUCUACUAUAGAAACAUCACCUGGAUUAUUAGCAUUAUUAGGACCUAAUAUAACUUCAUUCCCGUAUUCAGAAAAAGCAUUUAUAGAAGCCUUGAAAUUGCGAACAGAACAAGAACGUACAAAACAAGAUUAUUAUCGAGUGGAAACAGCCAAUAAGAACAUGACCAUCCUACAAACAGCAUUGCGAGCUCAAAUACCACCCCACCUAAUACCAGGAAUGUGCGUGGGUGCCAUUCCUGAAUUGACUGAAGAACAAACAAAAGCAAUGUCACAAGCCAUUCCUAAUUGGGAUACACGACCACCACAACCACAACAACAACCAUUUCCACAACAACAACCGUAUCCACAGCAACCAAUAGUAGCAUAUCCCCAGCCACAACAACUCACUUCCGAACAACAAAUGCAGUAUCUCCAACAACAACAACGACAAGUGAUUCUUCAACAACAACUGCAGCAGCAACAACAACAGCCACGUCCAAACCCGCCACCACAAGGAUACCCAGAAUCAGGAGGACAACCACAAUUUCAAAAAUCGCAUAGACCUUCAACUAGUAGUAGUAGAAUAACAUCAGAUACGAUGAAUGCAAACCCCAUACCUCCAAUGAGUUAUAGAUUUGGUGCAGGAACUAACAUCAACAAGAGACCACUAUCCCCAGCCAAAAUCGGUGCAGCGGCAGUAGCCAACCUCGCGACCCCAACAGUACCAUAUCGGGGAUCAUUUUCGACUGGUCGAAGAGCACCAAUGCGGGGUCAUCAACGUCAUUAUUCAAUGCCAGCAGAAUCUCCUGGGUCACUGAUAUCAACCUCUUCAAAUGUACGCGCCACACGUUCAUCAAAUCGUCGUAGUUCACAAUCAAGUAUCGAUCUAAGUGCAAUAGAAUCCACCGAAGCGGCAUACGCGAGCGGUAAACGAGCAUCAGUCGGCACAUUACAAUCACCAUUAGGCGCACAAUCCACCAUUCAAGUCAAACCAAUCCCCGCCCAACCAUUGCAUAAACAAAGCAAACUGCAAGUCGCCCCACUGCAGGAAUCAAUGACUUCUUUUCAACAUAUCAUCCAAUUUCAUCAUUGGAAACCCGAGGGACCAACCGUGGGAACAGGAGAUCCUAGUCGGGCACAUAAACGACAUAAAUCAGUUUCAAACGAUGAAAUUUCUCAAAGUAGACAAAGUAGACAAAGUACUCCCAGACAUAGUGUCCCUCCGAUGCCUUCUCCACUUCAACGACCAAUGGCUACUCCCCAAGAAGAAGAACAGACACUGCGUCCUCCGACUGGGCUGUCAAGGGAGACAACUGUUAAACAAGAAUCAGGGCUUGAGCAGGAUCCAAAUCUGUCAAUAGAUACUUCGAUGAAUGAUACUUUGGGACUGAAGAUUAUUCCGGAGGAUGUUAAUCCACCUCUGGGUCACGGUCGUCUGGAGCUGAAUGUUGGGAGAUAUCCUCAUAAUAUCAUGUCUCAGAAUCAGGAAUAA